AUGGGUCUAGGAGUGCUAGAAGAUCGACAGAUGGCGGCUCCUCCUGGAACUUCUACGCUUGGUGCAUCAGCAGCAGAGGGAGACCCAGUAAUCGACACUUCAGAACUCAAGCGAGAUGGUGACAUUGUCCUGCAGCCACAGCCCUCUGACAGCCCCAACGACCCUUUAAACUGGACUGCAGUGCGGAAAGAAGUCAUCAUGAUCAUCUUAGCUUUCAGCUCUGGUGUGACGACGUCUCUGGGGCCAAUGGUGACUCCAGGUCUGCCUUUGGUAGCGCAGAAGUACAACGUCAGCGUCGGCAUGGUGACGAGUCUCAUCAUUGGCUUUCUGGCAUUCUGGAUCGGAUUUACCACCUUCUUUACUGCGGCCGGUGCGAACAUCUGGGGAAAGCGUCCGUUCUUCAUCAUCUCCGCCAUCAUCCUGCUGGCGACAAACGUAUGGGGCUACUUCUCCACCUCUUUCGUCUCUUUGGCUGUCAUGCGAGUCAUCCAGGGUAUCGCCUCUGCACCACUUGAGACGCUUGUCACCUCCACCGUCUCGGACAUGUACUAUGUUCAUCAGCGAGGUGUUCGCAUCAGUAUCUGGGGGUGUAUGUUGGCCAGUGGGGUACUGCUUGGCCAGACGAUCGCUGGCGCCAUUAUUCAGAACAUCUCGUUCGAGGCCACCUUCGGUAUUUCCGCAUUGAUCUUCAUCCCCAUUGUCCUCGCCAUGUAUUUCUUCGUCGUCGAGACAACGUACUACGGCACCCGUCCAAAUUUGCAGAUAGAGUUCGAGCCGGAAGAGAAGAGCUCAACUUGGUCAGAGUAUGGCGAAGAGAAGGAGACAUACCGCCGGCAACUUGCACUCUUCCGCGGUCGCCUUUCGGACGAGUCUUUCUGGCGCAAUGUGUGGAAGCCUGUUCCACUCAUCGCAUAUCCUGCCGUUCUCUUCAGCACCGUGGUAUAUGGCACAUACUUUACUUGGCUCCUCACUAUCUCCGUUCUGUCGGUGUCGAUCUUCUCAGCGCCGCCCUACUCGCUUGGACCCGCACAAGUCGGACUCACCAACCUUCCACUGCUCGCUGUCGGACUCGUUAGCUCGCCGCUGUCAGGCUGGGCCGCCGACUUCAUAGCCAAAUUUAUGGCGCGUCGAAACAAGGGUAUCUUUGAGCCCGAGUUCCGCCUUGCGCUCAUGAUACCUGCGGUCAUCUUCGCAACGAUUGGAUUUCUGGGCUUUGGUAUCAGUGCUCAGCGCGGCGACUCGAUCUACCAGCUCGUUGCUUUCAUGUCCAUUCACGCCUUCAGCGUGCCGUUUGCGAGCACGGCGAGUCUGACGUAUGUCAUUGACUGCCACCCCAAGGACGCGAAUCAAGCCUUCGUCACCAUCAAUUUCACAAAGGCGGUGUUCACGUUUGUUGCAACCUCGUAUGCAAAUAGUGUCUUGGCGAGCAUUGGACCAAGCAAGUUGUUUGUGGCAAUCACAAUGAUCAAUCUGGGUGUCUGUGCCUUGACUAUACCGGCAUACAUUUUCGGAAAGAAGUUCAGGGGCUUGGUAGCAAGGAGUUCCUUUGGUCAGAAGCUGUCUGCUUUAUGA